CAUCACAGGAACUAAUUAAGGCAGAAUGGGAAAGGAAAUGGAGAAAGCCAGCAUCGAAAAUGGAUCCCCUUUCCCCUUGUAUAUGGAAAGGAAGACGCCUGUCAAGAUCAGCAAAUCAGCAAUGAUCAAGAGUCAGCUGAAGAAAGAGUGUUCCUGCACCACGAAACAAAUGAAAGAGACAGUCAUGGACUUCUUCCCCGUGUUGCGAUGGCUUCCCAAAUAUAAGUGCAAAGAAUACAUCUGGGGGGAUGUUAUGUCUGGCCUGGUCAUUGGGAUCAUUUUGGUACCUCAAGCAAUAGCCUACUCUCUGCUAGCAGGUCUGAAGCCCAUUUACAGCCUCUACACAUCCUUCUUUGCCAAUAUCAUCUACUUUCUCAUGGGCACCUCCCGACACGUCUCAGUUGGCAUUUUUAGCUUGUUAAGCUUAAUGGUUGGGCAGGUGGUGGACAGAGAACUCCUCUUGGCAGGGUUUGACCCCAGCGAUGAUGCCAUGGAUGGCAGAGGCCCUUUGAAUGUCACCGUUUACAAUUUUACCCUUGGCGUGAUGAGCGGCGAAUGUGGGAAAGAUUGCUAUGCCAUUGGGGUAGCUGCAGCGUUGACCUUCAUGGCUGGAGUUUAUCAGGUUCUGAUGGGCAUUUUCCGCCUCGGCUUUGUGGCGAUAUACCUAUCUGAGCCUGUGUUGGACGGCUUCGCCACCGGGGCCUCGAUAACCAUUUUGACAGCGCAAGUGAAGUACCUCAUUGGAAUAAGAAUCCCUCGUGCCCAGGGAUACGGAGUCUUGAUCACUACCUGGGUCAACAUUUUCCACAACAUUUCCCAGGCCAACGUCUGCGACGUGAUCACCAGCACCAUCUGCAUCGCCGUGCUGGUCACUGCCAAGGAACUGGGCGACAGGUAUAAGCACAAGCUCAAAGUACCUCUUCCGACGGAGCUGGUGGUGAUUGUGCUGGCCACGCUGGUCUCCCAUUACGGGAAGCUGAACGAAGUUUAUGCCUCCAGUGUGUCGGGAGAAAUCCCCACCGGAUUCAUCCCUCCCCAAGUGCCCAGCUUCAACCUCAUGGGGAGAGUUGCCCUCGAUGCCCUGCCGCUCGCCAUCGUCGGCUUUGCCUUCACUGUUUCACUCUCAGAAAUGUUUGCCAAGAAGUACGCCUACCAGGUCAAGGCCAACCAGGAGAUGUUUGCCAUUGGCUUCUGCAACAUCAUUCCGGCUUUCUUCCACUGCUUCGCCACCAGCGCAGCUCUGACCAAGACUCUGGUCAAAGCAUCGACGGGCUGCCAGACCCAGGUGUCCAGUCUGGUGAGCGCUGUGGUGCUGCUGCUAGUACUGCUGUUCUUUGCGCCCCUCUUCUUCAGCUUGCAGAAGUGCGUUUUGGCCUGUAUCAUCAUCGUGAGCCUGAGGGGAGCCCUUCGGAAAUUCAAAGACGUCCCCCAGCGCUUCCGCCUGGACAAAAUUGAUGCGCUGGUGUGGUGCAUCACCAUGCUCUCAUCCGCCUUGAUCAGCACUGAAAUGGGUCUCCUGGUGGGGGUGGUGUUUUCGGUCCUGUGCAUCAUCGGCCGCACCCAGCGCCCCCACGCGGCCUUGCUAGGGCAGAUUGGGAACACGGCCUUCUACGAAGACGACGAUCAGUACAAAAACCUCUUGCCGAUCCCAAAGAUCAAAAUUUUCCGCUUUGAAGCCCCACUUUAUUAUGCAAAUAAGGACUUUUUCCUGAAGUGCCUCCAUGACAGGACAGGACUGGAUCCUGCAGUGGAAAUGGCCCGAAGGAAAAAGGCCAAGAGGAAAGGGCAAAAGAGUCUGGAGAAGGGAGGUGGGCAAGGAGACACCACUUCAUACCUGGUCACUCAACCCAGCGACUGUCAGGCCAUCAUCGUAGACUGCUCUUCCGUCCCAUUUCUGGACACUGGUGGUGUGAGCACCUUAAAAGAAACACUCAAAGAUCAUCGGGAACUGGAGAUUAUUUUCCUUCUGGCUUGCUGCAACCCCUCUGUGAUAGCUUCUCUGGAAAGAGGGGGCUACUUCGGGAGCGCAAACAAAGACAUGCAUGAGCUGCUGUUUCAUAGCAUACACAGCGCCGUCCAGUUUGUAAGAGAGAGGGAGAUUACAGGAAAUGAAUCUGUUGUAUAG